GUAACGGCGCGGCGAUCAUCAAGGUCGAUAACACGACGUUCGUGCCCUACAACGACAAGCGAGACUCCGUCCGCAUCACCACCUCGGACUUUUUCGAGUCCGGCUCCGUGCUCGUCUUUGAUGCUGCGCACAUGCCCUAUGGCUGUUCGAUCUGGCCCAGCUUCUGGACAAAAGGCGAAAACUGGCCCGACGGUGGUGAAAUUGACAUCAUGGAGGGCAUCAACGGCAUGACCGUGAACCAGAUGGCGCUGCAUACCGACGCGGGCUGCAACGCUUCUAGCAGCGCGUCAUUCUCUGGAACGAUCGGCUUGACUAGCUGCAAUUCCACCUCUGGCUGCCAAUUCAGUGAGAGCAAGCAAAACAGCUAUGGCCCGGGCUUUGCGUCAGCCGGUGGCGGCGUGUUCGCGACGCUCUGGGACGACUCACAAAUCGCGAUCUGGUUCUGGCCGCGGAGCAGCGUGCCGUCGUCCGUGUCGAGCGCGACGAGCAGCAUCGACAUCUCCGACUGGGGCACGCCGUCCGCGAACUACACGUCGUCGGCCUGCGACAUCUCGAAGGCGUUCGCGCCGCAGCAGCUCGUGCUGGACAUCACGAUGUGCGGCGACUGGGCGGGCGUGGACACGGUGUACGCGGACACGUGCGCGAUCCAGGGCACCGCGAACUCGUCGUCGUGCUACCUGCAGAACGUGUUCAACAACGGGAACCAGACUGCGCUCGCGACGGCGUACUUCGAGAUCAACUACAUCAAGGCGUUCAACGCGAAGGGCUCGCUCCUGAGCGCGGGCGGCACGACGACGAGCGUGGACGCGAGCAGCGCGCUCGCGUCCGCGACGGCGAGCGGCGGCGCAUCGGGCUCGACGUCGAGCAGCUCGGCCGCGUCGCAGGUGGUGGCGAGGAUGGGCGGUGCGGCGAAGGCCUGGGCGGUGGUUGCGGGCGCGGGUGCCCUCUUCGCUUGGACGCUCGUGUGAGCACCGACACAUGUCGAACGUUGAUGAAUACAGAGGGAGGUAUUGGGUUCUCACUGACACUGUAUGCAGUCGAUGGACUUGAUGUAUACAUUCUAGUCUUCUACAGUCUUUCGGUGACACUGUCUUUACUAGUACUCUGAGGACGUUGAUAUCAACCUCAUGCCGUGAGACUGCGUAACGAUACCGUUGGCCUUGUUAUAUAUACCAUGCUAUAAUAUCACGAAAUCGUCAUCACUC